UGAGGAGUCAACAGAUGAAUCUGAGGAAGAUGAGAGUGAAGAAGAACCCAAGCUGAAGUAUGAACGGCUUUCUAAUGGAGUGACUGAAAUUCUCCAGAAGGAUGCAGCCAGCUGCAUGACAGUACAUGAAAAGUUUUUGGCACUGGGAACGCAUUAUGGCAAAGUUUAUUUACUGGAUGUCCAAGGGAACAUCACACAGAAAUUUGAUGUUAGUCCAGUGAAGAUAAAUCAGAUCAGCCUGGAUGAAAGUGGAGAGCACAUGGGUGUUUGCUCAGAAGAUGGCAAGGUGCAGGUGUUUGGAUUGUAUUCAGCGGAAGAGUUCCAUGAAACGUUUGACUGUCCUAUUAAAAUUGUUGCUGUUCAUCCUCAUUUCAUAAGAUCCCACUACAAGCAAUUUGUAACAGGUGGGAAAAAGUUGCUGUUAUUCGAGAGGGGCUGGAUGAACAGAUGGAAGCCUUCAGUUUUACAUGAAGGGGAAGGAAAUAUAAGAAAUGUAAAAUGGAGAGGACACUUAAUUGCUUGGGCUAAUAAUAUGGGCGUGAAGAUACUUGACAUGAUCUCCAAGCAAAGAAUUACCAAUGUGCCUCGAGAUGACAUAAGCCUUCGCCCAGAUAUGUAUCCCUGCAGCCUUUGCUGGAAGGAUAAUUUAACGCUGAUUAUUGGCUGGGGAAAUUCAGUAAAGAUUUGCUCAGUAAAAGAACGGCAUGCCAGUGAAAUGCGUGACCUUCCAAACCGCUAUGUGGAAAUAGUUUUCCAGUUUGACACUGAAUUCUAUAUCAGUGGGCUUGCCCCUCUCUGCGACCAGCUUGUUAUACUUUCAUAUGUAAAGGAGAUUUCUGAAAAAACGGAACUGGAGUGUUGUGCAAGGCCUAGACUGGAUAUUGUACAACCCCUACCUGAGUCCUGUGAAGAAAUAUCUUCUGAUGCACUAACAGUACGAGGAUUUCAGGAAAAUGAAUGUAGAGAUUAUCAUUUAGAGUAUUCGGAAGGUGAAUCACUUUUCUAUAUCAUCAGCCCAAGAGACGUGGUUGUUGCUAAAGAGCGGGACCAAGAUGACCACAUUGACUGGCUUCUUGAAAAGAAGAAAUAUGAAGAAGCUUUGAUGGCAGCUGAGAUAAGUCAGAAAACCAUAAAAAAGCACAAGAUUUUGGAUAUUGGCUUAGCCUAUAUAAAUCAUCUAGUGGAGAAAGGAGAGUAUGACCUGGCUGCUCGAAAGUGCCAGAAAAUUCUUGGCAAAAACACAGAACUCUGGGAGUUUGAAGUUUACAAGUUUAAAGAAAUAGGUCAGCUUAAGGCAAUUAGUCGUUACUUGCCCAGACGAGAUCCAGUUUUGAAACCUUUGAUCUAUGAAAUGGUCCUGCAUGAGUUUUUGGAGAGUGACUAUGAGGGGUUUGCAACCCUGAUAAAAGAGUGGCCUGGAGAUCUCUACAACAACACAAUCAUAGUUCAAGCUGUAGUAGAUCACCUGAAGAAAGAUCCACAGAACAGGACUUUGCUACGAACACUUGCAGAAUUGUAUACUUAUGACCAGCGCUAUGGCAGAGCCCUAGAAAUUUACCUAACACUGAGGCACAAAGAUGUCUUCCAGUUGAUCCACAAGCACAAUCUUUUCAGUUCUAUCAGAGACAAAAUUGUUCUACUCAUGGAUUUUGAUUCAGAGAAAGCAGUAGACAUGCUUUUGGAUAAUGAAGACAAAAUUUCUAUUGACAGAGUUGUUGAAGAAUUAGAAAGCAGGCCUGAGCUACAGCACGUGUACUUGCACAAGCUUUUCAAGAGAGACCACCAUAAAGGUCAACGAUAUCAUGAGAAACAGAUCAGCCUUUAUGCAGAAUACGAUCGUCCAAAUCUACUACCAUUUCUAAGAGACAGCACACACUGUCCACUAGAGAAGGCUCUUGAGAUCUGCCAACAGAGGAACUUUGUAGAAGAGACAGUCUACCUGCUGAGCAGAAUGGGUAACAGUCGCAGUGCCUUGAAGAUGAUAAUGGAAGAAUUGCACGAUGUAGAUAAGGCUAUUGAAUUUGCCAAGGAGCAAGAUGAUGGAGAACUUUGGGAAGACCUCAUUUUAUAUUCGAUAGACAAACCACCUUUUAUUACUGGAUUGCUGAACAAUAUUGGAACCCAUGUAGAUCCCAUUCUUUUGAUCCACCGCAUUAAGGAAGGCAUGGAGAUUCCUAAUUUGAGAGACUCACUAGUGAAAAUUCUUCAGGACUACAACUUGCAAAUCUUGCUGCGGGAAGGCUGCAAAAAGAUCCUUGUUGCUGAUUCUCUUUCUCUGUUGAAGAAAAUGCAUCGAACUCAGAUGAAGGGUGUUCUAGUAGAUGAGGAGAAUAUCUGCGAAUCAUGCUUGUCUCCAAUACUUCCUUCAGAUGCAUCCAAGUCCUUCAACGUGGUGGUGUUCCACUGCAGACAUAUGUUUCACAAAGAGUGCCUCCCCAUAUCUAACACAGUAUCUUCUGUCCAGUUCUGCAACAUAUGCAGUGCCAAACACCGAGGGCCAGGAAGCGCAAUCCUGGAGAUGAAGAAAUAGCAAUCCCCUCGUUCUCCAUGCCAGUCUGGGACACCAACUCUGUUAGGCCCAUGCAGAGCCACUGUAUUUUCUCUUAGUUGUUAUUUCUGUAUAUAAUUCUGGUUGUCAUGUAAAUCUGGUUUCUAUAAUUUAUCCAGCUUAUUGAACAUUUUCAGGAAAGAGAAAAUAUGAGGAUCUUCCUGUAAUAAUUCGUGUGUUACUGUUCCUUUGCUCAGCUCAUUACUUAACUCUAGAACAGAACAGAGAAAUAAAAUGAGAAGGGAAAA